GGGUGGCCAGUCCGCUGCCGGGUGUCUGGGGGAAAGUGCCGGUGAGGCAAAGUGGGCCUUCGCUAGGGUCGCGGAGCGGACUAGACAACGCAGGCAGGGCGGCAGAAGCCCUCUCACUGGACAGAUUUGGCCCCCGGAACAGUCGGAAGGCAGACUGUUGAGUGUGUGGCGAGUCCUGAGUUGCACUCCACUGAGACCUUGAACACCUGGACAUUCUGCAUAACAUUGAUGACAUCAUGCUAACUGGACACGGUGAAGAAGGAAAUGACAAAUCACUGUCCCAGACCUCCCCAGGACAUAAGCCUGGAAGAAUUUGAUGAUGAAGAUCUGUCUGAGAUCACCGAUGACUGUGGUUUGGGCCUCAGCUAUGACUCGGACCACUGCGAAAAGGACAGCCUCUCCCUGGGGCGUUCGGAGCAGCCGCACCCCAUCUGCUCCUUCCAGGAUGACUUCCAAGAGUUUGAGAUGAUCGAUGACAAUGAAGAGGAGGAGGAAGAGGAAGAGGAGGAUGAAGAGGAAGAGGAGGAGGAAGGAGAGGGAGAGGGCAAGGAGGGAGGAGGCCCUGGCUCAGAGGACACUACUCAGGAGCCCCUGAUUCCCUCCCCCUCACUGGAAGAGCCCCACAAGCAUCGGCCAACCACACUCCACCUGACAACAUUGGGAGCCCAGGACUCCUUGAACAACAAUGGAGGGUUUGCUCCGGAGCCUCCAGGCUCCUGGCAGGAGACAGUGCUGUGCCCACCCCCCCAGGAGCCCCUCAAAGAACCGCCCGCCCCGAUCCCACCCACGGACCUGAGCCCCUGUGGGGCGCAGUCACCUUUGCGCCCAGGUUGCGACUGCGAAGGAAACCAGCCCGCAGGGCCCCUGGCGCAAGGUGGGGCCUCGCCCUCCUCAGAUCCGGGCAUAGAGGCCGACCUGGGGAGCUCUAGCGGAGGCCGCGGGGGCCGGCGCAGCAGCCAAGAGCUGUCGUCGCCGGGCUCCGACUCCGAGGACGCAGAGGGCGCGCGCCUGGGGCGCAUGAUUUCGUCCAUCUCAGAGACGGAGCUGGAGCGGAGCAGCGACGACGGCAGCAGCAGCAGCGGCCGCUCCUCGCACCUCACCAACUCCAUUGAGGAGGCCUCAUCUCCCGCCUCGGAGCCUGAGCCUGAGCCUGAGCCUGAGCCUGAGCCUGAGCCUCCGUGCGAGCCCCCGCGUCGCCCUGCCUUUCUGCCCGUGGGCCCCGAUGACACCAACAGCGAGUACGAGUCAGGGUCUGAGUCUGAGCCAGACCUCAGCGAGGAUGCCGACUCGCCCUGGCUGCUCAGCAACCUUGUGAGCCGCAUGAUCUCCGAGGGCUCCUCGCCCAUCCUCUGCCCAGGCCAGUGCCUGUCUCCCGCUUCGCGUUCUGCCGCGGAGCCUGCAACGCCGGCCGGUGGGACCCCUGAGGCCCCCGAGGCGGCUGCCGGGCCAGGCGGCGUGGAGCUGGUGGACAUGGAGACGCUGUGUGGGCCGCCGCCCCCUGCGCCCUCUGCACCUCGGCCCGGCCCUGCGCAGCCCGGGCCCUGCCUCUUCCUCAGCAACCCCACGCGAGACACCAUCACGCCGCUGUGGGCCGCUCCAGGACGCGCUGCCCGCCCAGGCAGCGCUUGCUCCGCCGCCUGCUCGGAGGAGGACGAAGAGGAUGAGGAGGACGAGGAUGAGGCUGGGGAUAAGGCAGCGCCCCCUGGGGGCAGAGGCUCGGGCCCUGCGGCGCUGGACGCCUCGCUGGUGUACGAUGCAGUGAAGUACACGCUGGUGGUGGACGAGCACACGCAGCUGGAACUGGUGAGCCUGCGGCGCUGCGCUGGCCUGGGUGACGACAGUGAGGAGGACAGUGGUGGCGAGGCCAGCGAGGAAGAGGCAGGGGCUGCACUGCUGAGUGGUGGCCAGGGCCCUGGGGACGCCUCCCCAGACAGCCCCGACCUCACCUUCUCCAAGAAGUUCCUCAAUGUCUUUGUCAACAGCACCUCUCGAUCUUCCAGCACUGAGUCUUUUGGCCUUUUUUCCUGCCUGGUCAAUGGGGAGGAGAGAGAGCAAACCCACCGGGCCGUCUUCAGGUUCAUCCCUCGCCAUCCGGACGAGCUGGAGCUGGAUGUGGAUGACCCGGUGCUGGUGGAGGCUGAGGAGGAUGACUUCUGGUUCCGUGGCUUCAACAUGCGCACAGGGGAGCGUGGUGUCUUCCCGGCCUUUUAUGCCCACGCAGUGCCCGGCCCUGCCAAGGACCUGCUGGGGAGCAAGCGGGGCCCCUGCUGGGUGGAGCGCUUCGACGUGCAGUUCCUGGGCUCCGUGGAGGUGCCCUGUCACCAGGGUAAUGGCAUCCUGUGUGCAGCCAUGCAGAAGAUUGCCACUGCCCGGAAACUGACAGUCCACCUACGUCCUCCUGCUUCCUGUGACCUUGAGAUUUCUCUUCGGGGGGUCAAGCUGAGUCUAAGCGGAGGACCCGAGUUCCAACACUGCAGCCACUUCUUCCAGAUGAAAAACAUCUCGUUCUGCGGCUGCCACCCCCGCAACAGCUGCUAUUUUGGCUUCAUCACCAAACACCCGCUGCUGAGCCGCUUUGCCUGCCACGUCUUCGUCUCCCAGGAGUCGAUGAGGCCCGUGGCCCAAAGUGUGGGCCGCGCCUUCCUGGAGUACUACCAGGAGCACCUGGAGUAUGCCUGCCCCACCGAGGACAUCUACCUGGAGUAGCCGUCCUGCUACUGGGAGCAGCUGGGGCUGGAGGUGUCUCAAUAGGCCACCGCAGCUUUGGCAAGGACUGGACUGGGGGCACGUGGGAUCUGACGUCCAGGGAGUCUCCUGGCUGUGCUGGGAACUCUCCUUGCUCCCCCGGGGCUGCUGGAGAGUGGAGCCUGCGCCUCCGCUUCCCCUGAUCCAUUCUCUCUCUGUGUCACCUGGUCUGCCCUUGGCCUCCCUCCUCUCUCCUCCUGUCUGUCUCUGCCCUCUCUGUGCCUGCAAACCCUCUCCCUCUGCUCUUUACUUUGGGGUCAGAACUGGGAGGGGUGUGUGGCGGAAGCUCCCAGGUGAUUCCCCCCUCCCACUCUCCCCCUGUGAUUUAUAAAGGAAUUUUAAUUUUUAUAGUGAAUAUCAAGGAAUCUUCCCAUCCUUGACCAUAGGAACCAAGAGAGGGACCCCAUACUGCCCCCCACAGAGGUCAGGGGAAGCGGGAAGGAGUUCCUCAGAAGGGCCCUGGGGGGACUAGGAGCCGUUCCUGAUGCUCACCCCAAGCCCCAGACGCUGCUAGGAGGAGGUGCCCCGGGCCCCGGCCACACCAGCACCUGCUUUGCCGCUGCAAACACUCCCCGCAGUCCAGCACCUCAAUAAACUCUCUGCUUGGUGUGACCCUGGCUGUUUCUGGGGUUGGGGGAGCAGGUGCAGGGCCAGGUGCCGCCCAUGGCACGGGGACCAAGUCGUGAGGAGGUUCACCCUUUCAGUGCUCUCCAAAACCAUGUCGGGAAUUCUCCCCAAAUGCUCUUGGUUGGUCAGCGAGGAAGCUGAGACCAGAGAGAAGCGGUCAUGGGAUGUGUGUUCCUUCCACCUGUGCGGGAGUGGGUGUGCAAGGGGGUCUGAGGGUGUGCGUGCUCAUGACUGUACGUGCGCGCUUGUGAGUGUGUGUGAGACAGCAGGGGUCAAUCUGCUUCAAUCUUAAGCCUGAAAUUUUCCGAAUUUUCCACAGAAAGCCAGAGGAAAAAAGGUGGCUAUUUUUCACUAUGCCCUAGGUGAUUAUAGAUGCUACCUCCUGGAGAAAGGGCUUUCCUGCUCUCCUGUCCCUGAAUGAGCCCCAGCUCUCAGGUGCUGAGGUCAGCAUGCAGUCAGUGCCUUCCUGAGGGUGGGCCUGGGCCCCUAACCCUGAGCCCAGGAUGAGAGCAACACCAGGAAGACAACAGGUGAGGCUACGAAACAGGAGUGAACAGCUGCAAGUUCAGACAGAUUCAUUCCCUGAAGACUGAAAACUGCUGUCUGUAAAAAGCACACACUCUGCUCUAGUCAAGGGCAACCAGCAAAUGGAAGUACAGUGACAGCGUUAGGAGUCAGUGAAUGCCCCACACCUUCAGCAUUUGGGAAGCCCCUGCUCAGGCCAGGGCUCCAGACCAGCGGCACGCCAGCACCCGGGAACGUGGCAACCACGCGGCAAGAAGACCAAGUGGAGCAUCUGUGGGAGAACGCUCCUACUGACUGAAAUUGAAAGAGGCAUGGAUGUGUUUGUUGGAAGCUUGUACCUUCUCUGCAGCUGGGCGUGGGGCGUGCCCUCCGACCCCACGGCUGCAACACUCGCCUUCUGCUCUCUGUCCGGAGGGAAUGCCCCACGCCCCCCAGGCCCAUCUCGGGGAAGGCGCCAUUUGCUCAGCCAGCCUGAGUCCCUGCUGGGCUCAGUCCCUCCCCCACUCAUCUUCCCACUUCUUUGUAUCAUUGACUUUUCCCUUCCUGCUGGCCCUUUAGGACAGCUGUUGGACAUGCUUGGGCUUCCUUCACCUGGAACAGCUCCUGCUCUGUAGGGCCUCCCCACACCUGCCCACUUCCUCCACCUCUCUGGCCCCUUCCUGCACCUCGCUGAAUGUUCUUUCUCAGACCUCGUGGUCUCCAGCUGCGCUGCGCUCCAGACCCCCACUCUGGCUCUGUCCUGGGCUCUCCCUCGCUGGCUUCCUUCCUCCCCGAGGACUCACCUUCCCUGUGCCGAGGGUCCCAGUGGCCUGCCUCUCACCUUCAGUGGCACUCCCUGGACCAGCCACUGGCCUGGUGCUUUGUGAGUUUUCGUAAAUAUAGUGACCCUCACAAGGGCCCUGGGGUGCAGAGGAACAAAACACAGACACAGAACUUACGUAAACCUUUCCCCCACCUGCCCCUAUUCUGUGUUCUGUGUUUUACGCUUUUUUCCACUUUCCUGAGCUGGAGUCCUGGAGUCACCCUAGACUGCCCCCUGCUGUCACCUUCAUCCCCACCCCGUCACCCCUACAUCUGCCUGUCCCCCUCCCUGCCUCUACCUGGAUCAAACCACCUUGAGUUGUUGCCUGGAUCUUUAUGCAACAAACAGCCUCCUCCAGGCUCCCUGCCUCCACCUGUGUCUGCAAAUCCACCUGCACCUGCAACCAGACCAGGAUUUUUAAACAGAAACCUGAGCAGGCCCCUCGCCCUCAGAUUCUGCUGUGGUUCCCUGUUGAAUUUCAGCCUGCCCCAUCCCUGCCCCUCUCCAGCCCCGUCUUCCCUCUACCCCAUUUCUGCCCUUGGAAACUGGGCUUCCUGAGGGCAUCCACUACUCUUCUCUGCAUGUUGCUGUGUGACCUCCUGUCCUUCUGGAUGCCAUGGGCCCUGGGCCCUGCCUGCCCCCCUGCAGAGGCUGCCGACCGUGAGUCCGAGCGCAGGACGUGGCUAAUGACCUCAUACUCCCAGAGCCUGGUGCAGCACCUGGUAAGCCUCCCAUGCCAGGACUCUGAGUUCUGGAAAUCCAGCCAAGGAUAGUAUCCUAAAUGAAAAGCUCUGUACACGUUCUUGUUUAAGGUGUUGAAAGCAUAAAUACAAUCUAAACAUUGACCACUAGGGUUAACUAAAUUAAGGUAUAUUUACCUAGUUGUAAUAUUGGGCAGAUAUGAAAAAGUGUGCUUACAAAUGUUUAGCAAUAAUACAGAAAAUAUUUGUCAUGCUGUUAAGGAAAAAAUAUGCAGAAUCUGUGCUAGAAACUAUGUUGAAAAAGACUGAAAGGUUGACACAACAUUGUGAACUGACUACUUCAAUAAAAAAAAAGUCAAAAAACAAAAUAAAACGAAAGACUGAAAGGGAACAC